UGUGAUGACGUUUGGUUUUGCAUCUUUGAGUUUGAAUCACCUAACUAAUCAAUUUAUAGCUUAGCUAAUUGUAUUAAAUAUCAUAUCAUUGCAGUAAUGAAUACUUUCAAGCGAUUGACAGAUGGGCUUUUAAAAGACGUUCAUGAACUUAGAGAACUGAAAUCCACUAUGGAUGAAGAGUCUUUGAGAAAAGCGGACCUCAUUUUGAAUCCCAAAAUCGAGGAUGCAACUUUACGUGAACGAAUCGCUAAACUUCGUGAAAAACUGGGCGAUAAAGUUUUGGAGCGUCACUCGGAUUGCGAUUUGAGGAGGUUUCUGAAAGCCCGUCACUUGAAGGUCGACAAAGCAGUAACGAUGUACGAAGAAAUGUUGAAAAUUCGAACCCGUUUUGGUUUGGACAAACCGGACUUUUUUGAGGCGCAUCAACCUAUGGAUGCCUUUGCUAAUCAUUACCCAAUAGGGCUGUGUGGGCAUGACAAAGAUGGAUACCCUAUUGCGUAUGAGUUUCCUGGCCUGAUUGAUGUGAAGGGAUUUGACUCUUCAAUGACAAACGAAGAAUUUGUCACUCAGGUGCUGUGGAAUCUGGAGUCUUUGUUGUGUUCGAUGGAGUUGAGGAGUAUAAGAGAGGGUAGACUGUGUGACAGGUGGUCAUUUAUUGUCGACAUGAGAGGACUGUCCGUCAUGGAGUCAUUCAGCAAGAACCACAUAAAACGAACCAGUGAAAUCCAGCGCAUUCUGGACGCCUGUUACGCGGAGAGGGGAGGAAGAGUUCUGAUUCUAAAUGUGUCUGCCGUGUAUGACAUUCUCUACAAUAUCUUCAAACCCUUUCUGGCUCACGAAACAAAGGCCAAGAUUCUCCUUCUGAAGAGUGAAAAUGAAUUGUUGAACUACAUUGACGCCGAUCAGCUCCCAGUGGUUUAUGGGGGAACAAAAGUUGAUUCCAAUGGCGACCCAGAAUGCAGUGAAUGGAUCACAAGAGGCUCCAUAGUCGACAAAAGUCUCUACAAAUUAUGAAAAGAACAGAACAUGUACCACCUGUUGUAAUAUGCUGAAAGUAAAUUGGAUCCAUCCCAAGUAAAUGGUUCGAAUGGGGAACAACCAAGCAUCAAAAAUACCGUAAUUGGCAACAAUUCAAAUAACAAAAGAACCUUAUGCUCGAAAUUCAAUUACCCCUAUACUAGCGCAGUGAUGAAAGAAAAUGAUCGCAUCAGAAAUGGUUGAAAUAAUGAGCAACCAAGUUUCAAAAAUGAAUGGAGAUUUUUUUGUUAUUGAAUGGAAAGUUUUUUAAUCAAGUGCAUUAAUUGAUAGAUUAGACUUGAGUUGAAAACUAUUCUCAUGACAGAAAUACCAAACGCUCAUAAAUGUUCGACCAAUAAGCACUCUUUAAACUAUCCAAACUGACUGAUUUUUACACUUAUUGCCAUUGAAUUUUUGAAUCGUAAAUUUCAAUUUGGCUUUAAGUUUUUUUCGGGUAUUAUGUCUCGAAGAAUCUUCCCUGAGCUAAUUGAACAUUGCUAGGAAAUGAGUUUAAUGCCAAUUGAGUGUACAUCAUGUGAAUAUAACCUUUGUGGGAGUUAUAGGAAGUUGACCCUAUCAUUUAUGUUGUCAGUGAAAUUUGUUUUAAUUGAAUGUUGACUGCGUUGCUUUUAACCUCAUUUAUUUGUUUUCAGUGAUCGAAUUUCUGGUGCUUUAUCAAUACAAUGUAACUAAGAGAAUUUAUUUUGUUGUAAAUUGUAAGUUAAUGUAUAUAAUGUUUUUGAAAUGAAAAUAUAUAAUUUCAAAACAAAAUUCGAUUUUUGAUGCCCAU